AUGAACAGAGUUUCGAGGAAACUUUCACAAGACUUUGACAACAUGACCACAGCUGCAGAUGGCUGUAUUCAGUUUACUCGACAUGCAGGAGAUGUCUUGUUUAAUUUCAACCGCCUACGAAGCAGAAACAUGCUGACAGAUGUUACCAUUCAUGUCGAUGGGCAACUCUUUCAUGCUCACAAAGCAGUUUUAGUGGCUUGCAGUGGAUUCUUCUACUCAGUCUUCAUGGAUCCAGAGAACAUAAACCUCAGAUCCAUCACUCUGGACUCCAGAGUGGAUCCAAAGAGCUUCUCCAUUUUGCUGGACUUCAUGUACACAUCCUGUCUGAAUCUGAACGACAGUCACAUCUUAGCCACUUUAAAUGUGGCUGUUUAUCUGCAGAUGGAACACGUGGCAGAGACCUGCCAGCGCUUCUUCACAGACAGGAACUCAUCAGUGCAGACAGAAGAUGGCAUUAAUGCUUCUAAUCCACCUGAGAGAUUUAAAGGUUAUUCCACCAACGUUUUUAGAGGAAUCAACACGUCUAACUCUUACCAAGUCUAUAAUGACCGCACAAUGGUUGAAGGCAGUACAACAAAUACGUUUUGCUCCAACACAACCCCAAUGAGCCGUCAGAACUUCUCAUCAAUAAUACGACUGGCAGGGAGCUUUCAGGAUUCACCAACUCCUAUGGAGGAUGAUGUACACCAUCCUCAGGCCAACCGCGUAAGACUGUCCCCUGGCUUUGACAAACCUUUCAUCUGCAGUCCCCAAAGUCCUUUAAGAUCCGACGGACAGCCCAACUCACCCACAGAGUCCAGCAGUUGUAAGAACGCAGCACUUAACCUGAAAGAUCACUGCCCCAAAGCACACAAUUGGAAAAAGUUCAAGUUCAUUCUGAUGAACCAGACAUUAGAAGAAAAGGACUCGCAAGAGGAAAACAACAAAAGUGAUUCUCCAACACAUAAUGGGCACAACAAUGAGUCGAGUGGACAUCACAGAUCCCAGAGUGAAGACGGACUCAACAACCAAAGAGAUGAACUGAACCAAAGCAGCUGUAGCAGCAUCGGUUGUGAUAGUCCUCAGCGUCUUUCUCCAGAUUUGGCCUUGAGUGAUGAUGCAUCAAGACCGCCUUCUGAGUAUUCGCACUGUGAGAAAACCACAUAUAUGUGCAAUGGUUGUGAUCCUAAUUUCUCGGAGGAAGAGUCUACAAGAGAGCAAUCAGCUGGGGCCCACAGUGACAACAAGCCAUACAAGUGCGAUUGCUGCAAAGCAUCUUUCCGAUACAAGGGCAACUUAGCCAGUCACAAAACUGUCCACACAGGUGCAAAACCGUAUCAUUGCAACAUUUGUGGGGCACAGUUUAAUCGACCGGCUAACCUCAAAACUCACACACGCAUACACUCGGGAGAAAAGCCAUUCAAGUGUGAAACAUGUGGGUCCAGAUUUGUACAAGUGGCCCAUCUCCGCGCCCAUGUCCUAAUCCACACAGGAGAAAAGCCGUACCCAUGUGAGAUUUGUGGCACUCACUUCCGCCACCUACAGACCCUCAAAAGCCACAUGCGCAUCCACACUGGCGAGAAACCGUACCAUUGUGAAAACUGUGACCUACACUUCAGACACAAGAGCCAGCUCAGGCUCCACCUGCGGCAGAAGCAUGGGGCAGUGACCAACACGAAAGCCCAGUAUCAGAAGGGCCCCAGCGCUCAAGAGCCCAGUCUGGUCAAUGCGAGCUGA